CCUCUCUCCGAUUUGGUCGCCUCGGUUCACGAAGCCGCUGCAGCUCUCGCGCGAUCACCGACUCGAACUCCAUCGCGCAAGGUCUGCAUCGUUUCCUUUAUGAUCCGAUUGAAAUUUAUGUCUCUUUUCCCCCUAUAUGGAUUGUGUUAAAACAUCCUACUUCCGGCGGUGGGGCUUGGCCAUGAUUCGUGUUCAUCUUCUCGUCGUUCGAUUGCUUUUGACAAACAAGAGGAGACGGGAAGCAAAAGAAGAUUUGGGUACCACUCACUAUAUUCGUCAACUAAGUCUUUGCUUUCAAGGUUCGGUGAAAUGGGUAUUCUCGAUUCUUGGAUUCCGUCGAUUGCCGUAUCUUCUUGAAUUUGUUUGAAGGUUCUUCCGAUGAAAUCGGCUACAAGGUUCAAGAUGUGAGACCCAAUUCUUACCCUACGAGGGAAAGCGUGUAUUCUUCUUCCAAGGAUUUGGGAGAAGUGUCACUGAAGCGCUUACGGUGCAAAAGCUGAUCUCGUCCGUCGCAAUGAGAACGGUGAUGGUGUGGCGAUGAAACCGAACCUUCUUCUUGUGUUGCCAUAUCUAAUUCCCAAAAGUCGGUAACACUUGUUAUUGUGAGGAUGUGAUUGUAUUUGUUUAGUACCAUGUUCUGUUCAUACGCUAUCAUGAAAACAUCUAGCUAGAAGGUUGACUAGAUAUAGUUGACCUUAUAUACUAACGAUAGACGUAGAUGCACCCGAAGAGACUCUUUAUUCCUGGGAAACAUAUAUGUUCUCUGAUUAACAAUGGUCAUGUUUUCUUUCUUUAAGUUAACUUGGAAUAAUGUAUUAUGUUAGAAAUAUCUGUCAGGGACGGGGCAACUUUAUGCUUUCGCAUAUUGUAAUUGCCAAAGAUAUAACAAUUUUUCAUCAGAUGUUUCUCUAGUAAUGAGAAUGUGUAUGCUUGUGUUUGUGUAUGUUGCAUUACAUGCUUUUAAAUAUGCACACCUACCAAAUUGUCAAGUUAAAUUUGCCCGAUGAGGGAACCUAUGGCGAAGCAGGAUUAGAUCAUUAUGCUUGAAUUCUGUAUUUCAUGUUUUUUUGUUUGAACAAUGUCGUAUUUCGUGUUAAGUUGACAUGUAAGUUAGAUAAUUGGAGCAGGAAACCAUAGGUGUAGGACGGAGUGCAAAAUGAAUUCUAAAGGUACUUUUUAGCAUGAAAUGGAUUUGAUAAAUUGUCAUAUAAUUCUAUAUGCCACCAGACUCCAUAUGAACAUUUUAACAUGCUAGUGAGAAACAAUUAAGGUUUAGUUUAGACUUCUCUUUUUUCUUAUGCGCUAUGGACUAUUUUAAUAGACUUUUCAAGGAGCUUUUGUUCUCUUGAUUCAGGAUUGCAAAUGCCAAGGAAUGUCUCCAUUUAAGUCGAUUUGCUCCUUUCAGUUUGUAACUACAUGUCUUGUUCAUUGGAUAUUAAAUGUACCAAUAUAAGUAUUUUGCUAUGAACUAUUUUUCUAUAAUUGCUAUAUGAAUAUCUACUAAACUUGCAAGUUGAUUCGCUAAUCCACCCUUAUUAGAUUUUAGGUAAAUUUAGAAAGUAAUAAUUUUGGUGGCUCAAAUAUGGAAAUCAGAAUAUAUGGAUAAUUUAACACUUGAAUUACUUCAUGAACAUGGGCAUGCAUGUUGGUAGUCCAAUAGCAGACACAAGAACAUUGAUCAUAAGUUUCACAUUGUAUCUUUUAGCUUUCUACUCUGUGUGUUUCCUCAAAUAAUAAAAUAAGGAAAAGAAGAGAGGUCAGAUGCAUGUGUGGAUUAUGGGCAUCUUGUAUCAGUCUUUUCAUGGACAUAAACCUUCACCUGUCACACUUAUAUUCUAAGGCACCGACUUCUCUAGUGCCAUAAGACUAAUGGAUAAAUCUCCCAUUAAAUAUGUUGUACAGAUGUCUGAUGUUGGAAAAUAAGUUGUAGCUAGGCUUGCGGUUUCCAAAGGCUUUCCUCAAGUGAAAGGGUAAAUUUGUUUUGCUCAUUGUUUUACUUUCAUCUUGGGCACUUUGUCUGGCGCUAGUAUUUAAAAGCUUGUACCCACAAACACUAACUCGGAUAUAUUUGGAGAUGCAAGACCUCCUUGUUUUGCCAGAAAAUCCAACAGUGUUGCAGGAUGAGGAUAUUAAAUGGAAGGCCAAAGAGUUGGAACAACUUGAAAAUCUUGAUAAGAUCAAAGAAAAAAGAAGUUUAUCCUCUCGUGUGGAGAAAAUUGGAUUUGAUUGUGAACAGGCAUCAAAUGGCAGCAGGCAUAAGCUAUAAACCUGAAAUUGAUAUGAAGGCAAAGCCUAAAUCAGCUUAAGGUGCAAUUCCAGCCAAUCCAACAGUGGCAUCAGACACAUCAUGCAGGGCAAAUGAUCACCACCACGCUGCUGCUCCACUCUAUCUGCUCUUAAGCGCCUCCUCUUCAUGGAGUCUUCGAGUCUAAGCCAAAUGGAGAAGGCUCAGCAUGGAACGAGGCUUUUGGAAGAGCUCGAUCUCCUCGAGAAGCCCAAGGUCUCGGAGCCGGCGAGCCGAAGGAAUGUGUUCUGCUUCUGGAAGUGGAAGGUGCUCCGAUUCCUCCUCGACGGCUUUCGGAGGCGGGGAUCGCACUGCGUCGUCUGCCUCCAGGUCCAUCAGAUCGACGGCUUGCCGUCGGCCAUGGACGACCGGGUCCUGGUCGUGGGCUGGAAGACCAAGGGCUGCAAGGGGGAGCACACUCUCCCGGUUCAUGUUUGCGGAGGAGUCGCCAGCUUCGAUGAGAUCUUCCUGCACUAUUGCAUCAGCGACGUGCAGUCGAUGCUGGGGAGCUUCACCGUUUGGGCCUCUUUGGUCGAUGCCGCCGACUGCGAUCUGGGUACUUUUCAUGUGGAUUUGAGCGAGUUCGCUGCUGCUACAGAGAAUUCCAACUCCGCGUUCGCCGGGAAGACGGUGAGCUUUGUUCUCGGAGGCGUGGCGGGUGGUGGAGCACUGAGGCUGAGCGUGUACUGCAGGACGUUGGAGGACGAAGCCCGUGAUCGAAUCGGCCAAAAGCAGGCGAAGAGCAAAUGUUUCUCGUGCCUCCCUGAUCUCGGUGGUUGCAUCAGGAGCUCCCCGAUGACCUUCUGCGCGCGCAGGAUCCCCUCCCUCCGCUCCGACCACGGCUUCAUCACCUUCGAGAACUUGAUCGCGGGGUGUCCUCCGACCAACGACGAGGACGGAGGCUUCAUAACGAUCGAGAAGGGCGGCGUCGGCUCGCGGUCGAGGCGGCCUCCCUCGGACCAUCUGGCGAACACCGACGACGACGAAAGCGGCGGGCCCGAGGAUGAGCAGCCAUGCCUCAUGACAGAACUCAACGAGGAACUCGACGACGACGACGACGACGACGAAGGGGUAGAGAACGAGUUUCUUAAGAUGUUGGAGGCGAAUGACGAGCCAUGGAAGAAGGAAGCUGGAAAGAGCUUGAGCUCAAGCUUGGAUCUGAGCGCAGACUUAGACUUAGAUUCGUUGAUAAAGGAAGCGGAGAUGGAGCUGAAGAAGGCGGCACAGGCGUGGAACAGCGGAACCGGGGCAGCUCUGCUGGAGAAGGAAGAGCACGAGGAGCUGAUGAGGAGAUGGGGAUCGAACGAGCACCAUUCUUCUCCAGGCUGCUCCGGGCUUCAUGCCUUCGGUAGUCCUCUCUAGUCUGAGAUGAUGUAAUCUUAAUCAUAUGUUGCUCGACAAUCACAACGUAAUUGUUAUUCUACUCCUCAAGUAAUGUCACGUGCAUGUCACGUGGACAGAAUGUAGACUGUACAUCUGCAUCUCCUGAGAUACGCACAAUAAUUUUCUGUUUUUCCGUUA